AUGUCCUUACCUUUCUUGACAUCGGCACCCGGUAAAGUUAUCAUCUUUGGUGAACAUUCAGCUGUCUAUAGUGAGCCUGCUGUUGCUGCUAGUGUCUCUUCUCUGAGAACUUAUCUUUUAGUCUCAAAACAUGAGGAUUCCAACGCGGUAGAGCUGGACUUUCCCGACAUCCAAUUCAAGCACAAGUGGUCUCAUGAUGAGUUUCGUAGUAUUUUGGAGAAUCGGGAGGCUUUGGAUGAGGCCCGUUCGAAUACUAGAGAGCUAUCGAGCAAAUUGGUUGCAGCUUUAAAAGUUUUGCAUUCGGAAUUGAAGGAUUCCCUAUCUUAUCAUGCGGCAUUCUCCUUCUCAUACUUGUACUUGUGCCUAUGUCCAGAAGUUAGAGGUGUGAGAUUUACUGUUAAGUCUACCUUACCAAUUGGAGCUGGUUUGGGAUCGAGUGCAUCACUUUCGGUGGCUUUGGUGUUGGCGAUGACCAGGUUGAAUGGUGUGAUCGACUCCAGCAAUGAAUUUUCGGUACAGGACAAGAAACUAAUUAAUGAGUGGUCGUUUGUGUGUGAGAAGUGUAUACACGGUACACCAUCUGGUAUUGAUAACGCAGUGGCAACAUACGGUAAUGCAGUAUUGUUCAAGAGAGAGAUGGACGGCGCUACCAACUUCGAGUUUGUCGAGGAUUUUCCACAGGUGCCCAUGCUAUUGACCUACACCAAAAUUCCACGUUCUACCAAGAACCUUGUCUCAAGCGUUAGGGAUCUCGUUUCGAGGCAACCGAAUAUCGUCAAGCCCAUUCUUGUAGCCAUGGGACAACUAGCUAUCAGAGGCGCGGAGAUCCUGGAUUCUCUGAAUGACGAAAAUCAUAAAGAGUUGGUAGAGUUAGUUCGAGUAAACCAUGGUUUGUUAGUGGCCCUUGGCGUUUCUCAUCCAGGUUUGGAAAUUGUCAGAUCGUUAAGCGAUACUUUGAGAAUUGGUUCAACCAAGCUAACUGGAGCUGGUGGAGGUGGUUGUGCUCUCACAAUGUUAACGAAGGAUGCAAAUGGAUUAGCGAUCGAAGAGUUCAGAGAGAAGUUGGAAACGGAACAUGGGUAUGAGUUGUACCAGACUCAACUUGGUGGAGUCGGGUGUAGUUUCUUGCCCAACGAGGUCAUCGGCAACCAAGACCUUGAACGCAUUUACAAGAUAUUUAACGGAGAGAUGGACAAAAAGCAUUUGGAUGAAUUUUUACUUCCUGGGAAAUGCCCACUGCCUUGGAUAGUUUAA